UUUUAUUACAAGGUUUAUUAAUAUGGAGAAUAAGAAGGAAAAUCAGCCAGAAGGAGAGUUUAAUACUCCUCUAUCCAAAGACUCAGAUUUGGAUGAAGAUAAGUUCAAAAAUAUCUGGUCUAUAAUUGAAGAUGACGACAUUGAGGUCACACAACUAGACCAGGAAGACACGAAAGGCGAAAGUAGUAACAUACAUGCCGCACCAGCAGGUGUGAUAGAACACAAAUUUGAUAUCGGGAGGCUUAGUUCUGCUUCUGAAGAACAGAAGAGCAAAACUUGCUCACCACAAGGUUCUUCUCCAGAGCAAAAGCAAUCUCAAAAUAGUCUGAAGUUAAAUAUUAUGUCUAAUAAUUUCAAACCUACGAAAAAGGUGAGCAAGAAAUCAAAACUAGGGAAUCUGAAAAAGCCGCAAUCUCAGAAAGAGCCAAAGUUAUCAAAUGGAAGAGAUUUUGGGCUUCCUCAGCAACAAAUGUAUGGUGGAUCUCAUAUCGUUGAUAAUCCUCAUUACAUUCCAAAUCAGAGAUUGAUGCCAGACACUUGGGAAGAUGGCUCUCAUUCUUAUAAUAAUAUUGACAGAAGUACAGCAAGUAGUGUAGGAUCUGCCAAUUAUUCAAAUGAAAUGGCUGGGUACCAUCCUCACUAUAAUCAAUAUCCACAACCAGGGUACCAAAUGUAUCCUGGAAAUUAUUAUCCACAAGGAUAUGGGAUGCAUGGAAAUCAGCAAAUGAUGCAUCAACCAGGCCAUGGUCACUAUCAAGAUUACAUGCAAAAUUCCCACGGAGGACAUAUGUAUCAUCCCAACCCAACAUCUCUUCACACUAUCAGCAGCGGUGGGAGUAUGGCUAGUGAUACAAUGAGCCAAGGUGAUAGUACACUACUUAAGCCUGGAGCAAGAAAAGGAAAAGGAUUUAGAAAAGCAAGGAGUGCCAACGAGAAGUCACUUCCCAUCGACCCAAAUGCUCGAGAACUUAUUCUGAAGUGUGAUAAGGAGCCAGUUCUUGCAAAUAAGUUGAAAAUUUUAAAUGGCCAAAUAAGUCUAUUAAUAUAUAAUCAAUCUGGUUCUCGAUUCUUGCAGAAUUUAUUAAAGAAAGCCAACAACGAUGUAAUUGAAUUCUUUCUAAAGGAGAUUGAAUCAGAUCUAUACAAAUUAAUGAUGGACAAGUAUGGGAACUACUGUUGUCAAGAACUUCUUCAAAGCUGCUCUGGAACCCAAAGACUUCAUAUUUUGCAACAGAUCCAGCCAAAUUUCCUCCUAAUUUGCAAAGAUAAGAAAGGAACUCACGCCAUUCAAAAGCUAGUAGAUUUAGCAACUCUCGAUGAGGAAGAAAAAUUUUUCGAGGGUGCACUUAAAGGUGAAGUGGCCAAACUAUCUAUUGACCAACAAGGCACUCAUAUAAUCCAGAAGAUUAUUCUUUCAUUUGAGGAGGAGAACAGAUUGUUUAUCUUCAAUGAAAUCAUCGAGGGAUUUAUGCAAGUUUCAAAGACUUCUCAUGGAUUAUGAGUUAUUAAGAAAUUAAUAUCUAAUACAUCAGCUGAGAAUAGACCUACUUUCAUUGAUUUUUGUAGAUCCAAAGUCACUGAGCUCAUGUUAGACCCAUACGGAAACUAUGCCCUGCAGGAGGUGAUGGAUAAAUGGCCAGAACAACACUUCCUCCCUUUGAUUAGCAAAGGUCAAGAUGGACUCACUUGUUCUGUGAACAAAAUUGCCCAGCUUAGUAUCCAAAAGUUCUCUUCAAAUGUUGUUGAAAAAUGAAUAAAGAUGGGUAAUUCUGAAGAAAGAAACCUGAUUAUUCUGAACAUUGCAAAAAUUAGCAAGCUAGUUAGCUUGAUGCAUAGCUCAUUCGGAAAUUAUGUAGUCCAAACAGCACUUGAAUUAUCUGAAGGAGAAUCUCUUGAAGCUUUAAGUGAGAGUAUUUAUAAGAAUAUUCCUGAAAUUUCAGAUAAAAAGAUCAGAACAAAGUGGGCAAAGCUGCUCUCUGAUCGUCUUCAAACCUCUCAAGAGUUGGCUUCAACUUAUGACCUAAACGAAUACUUAGUUGAAGGGAUUCAAGCAUUGCAACCCCCAAAGGACAGAGAGGAUCCAACAAUGCCUUCAUAUCCAGGCUACGGACAUGCUCAAGGUAAAUUCCAGGGUCACCAAACUUCUCCCUUCAAAAAACCUUCCCCACAGCCAAGUCCAGCUAGCCAACCUAAGUCUGAGGAAAGCCCUGGUAUGAACAAGGGGCCUUCAAGUUACAAAACAAAUCGUGUUGAAGGUAAAAAUCACUUCCAAGUCUUCGGUGCAUUUACAUUGAAGCCCCAGUUCAACGACAGCGAUGACAGUGAUUAAUAGUAUUCUGCUGAUCCUACUAAAUCAAUAAAUGUAAUUUACU